AUGAUGCAAAGAGCAGACGAAAAACUCAUUCCUUCGACUGCUAAAGAACUGAAAGAAGCGUUUCAUGCUAAUCUCUCUAGUAUUGGAUUCCUCUCCUUUAUAAGAAAUUUCUUUCAAGGACUUGCUUCGCCUUUAGCCGGUCUAUUAGCAGUCAGCUAUGACCGUCCCACGGUUUUUGCGUUCGGUAGUUUCUUUUGGGUCUCAUCAACUGUUGCAACUGGAGUCAGCCGCUACUUCAGCCAGGUUACGAUUGGUGCGGGUUUCAAUGGAGUCGGACAUGCAAUUGUUUAUCCAGUGCUUCAGUCGGUAAUUGCGGACAGCUUUAAGGAUAGUGCAAGAGGUUUUGGCUUUGGUUUAUGGAAUCUCAUCGGUACGGUUGGAGGCAUAGGUGGAACGGUCGUGCCAACGAUCAUGGCCGGUCAUGUUUUCUACGGAAUCUCAGGAUGGCGAUGUGCUUAUCUAUUGAGUGCAACGCUGAGUACGAUGAUAGGGUUUCUUGUUUUCUUCUUUGUCACUGACCCGAGGGAGAAGAAAACUAGCACCUACAUUGUUCCUGAUCAUGAACGAGGUGAAAAUAAUGCUGAUGCUGCUGCUGCUGAAACAAAGGAGAGUUCCAGCUCGGUUUGGAUGGAAUCUUGGGUGGCCAUAAAAGAUGUAACCAAAUUACGAACAUUUCAGAUCAUAGUAUUUCAGGGAAUCAUAGGUUCGGUUCCAUGGAAUGCAAUGGUUUUCUGGACAAUGUGGUUCGAACUCAUUGGCUUUAGUCAUAAUCAGGCGGCGCUUCUGAACGGAAUAUUCACCAGUGGACAAGCAAUAGGAUCUUUAGUCGGAGGAAUAAUUGCAGACAAAAUGUCUCGUGUGUUUCCAAACUCAGGCAGAUUGAGCUGUGCACAAUUCAGCGUUUUCAUGGGAGCUGUAUUCUCCGUUAUUCUUCUAAGAAUAAUCCCACAGUCCACUAACAGCUACUACAUCUACAUGAUCACUCUCUUCCUAAUGGGUCUCACCAUAACUUGGUGUGGACCAGCCAUCAACUCUCCCAUCUUGGCAGAGAUCGUUCCUCCUACGCAUCGAACCAUGGUCUAUGCCUUUGAUCGUGCAAUCGAAGUGACUUUUGCCUCGUUUGGUGCUCCUUUGGUUGGGAUCAUGUCGGAGAAAGUUUUCGGAUUCGACACAAAUAAUGUGAAAGACUCUGGUCGUGAGGCCGAGGCUUUGUCAAAGGGGAUCAUGUGGAUGAUGGCUGUCCCGUUUGCAUUGUGCUGUCUUUGUUACACACCUUUACAUUUCAUUUUUCGUAAAGAUCGAAAAACUGAUAGAACUACAACUUCAAGUGAAGUAGAGAUGAUAUGA